AUGUCUGAGAAAUGUCCUUCCCCAGAGCGUGAAGCGACACCGUUGACCGAAUAUCAACUAAAUGCUCGGAUAGCUGGUAUGGGAAAGCUACCCAAUUUUACCGGUGAACCCGAAGAGUGGCCCCUGUUCUACGCAAUGUACCGUAGUUCUACGGCGUCGUGCGGUUUUUCGGAUGUGGAGAAUGCACUUCGCUUACGUCAGCACCUCAAAGGAAAAGCUUUCGGGGCGGUUCGGAACCUUCUCAUAUACCCCUCAACCGUGGGCAAAGCGAUCGAAAGCCUAAAAACGCGAUUCGGCAGACCGGAGCUGCUUUGUUUAUCGAUGCUUAAGAAGAUGGGCCAACUGAAGGCACCGCAAAGCGAUAAGUGGUCAACAGUAAUGUACUUUGGAUAUGCUGUAAAAGAUAUGUGCCUCACCAUAAAGGAAACGGGACGACCAGAAUACUUGAACAGUUACACCUUGCUGUGGGAGCUAGUCGCGAAGCUUCCGACCCAUUUUCAGCUCGAAUGGGCUCAACAUGAACGUCGUUUUGAGACUGCAUCGCUGGCCGAGUUCGGACAAUGGAUGGAAGAGGUGGCAAAGGAUAUUGCAAGGAUGGAACGUUCGUGA